AUGUACAUUUUCAAAAAGUUCCACAGCUUCAUAACUGGAAUAAAUAGACAGACGAUUGAAGGAAUCCCAGAGUUUUCUGCCGUAACUACACUGGAUGGAGAACAGAUUGAUUAUUAUGACAGUGAGAUAAAGAAGCUGAUUCCCAAACAAGGGUGGAUGAAUGAGUUUACAUCUACAGACAGAUGGAAAGAAUACACUGAGAUCAGAGAACAAGUACAGCAGACCAACAAAAUCAACAUCACUGUUCUAAUGGAGCAAUUCAAUCACUCACAUGGUGUUCAUACGUAUCAGAGGAUGUAUGGAUGUGACUGGGAUGAUAAGACUAACAUCUCACAAGGGUUUGAUCAGCACGGUUAUGAUGGAGAGGAUUAUAUCUCACUUGAUGUGAAGAAGCUUAGAUACAUUACACCUGUACCGCAGGGAUUCAUAACAGCAGUCAAGUGGAAUAAUAACACAGCACAGCUUGAAUUUCUGAAACAAUACUAUCAACAUGAUUGUGUUGACUGGUUAAAAUAUUUCUUGACAUUGAGGAAAGUGGAUUUAGAGAGAAGAGCUCCUGAAGUGUCUCUGUUACAGAAAGAUCCCUCGUCUCCAGUGGUGUGUCAUGCCACAGGUUUCUACCCUUCAUCAGUGACUAUCACCUGGUUAAGAAAUGGACAGGAUUACGAUGAGGAUGUGGAUCUUGGAGAGACGCUACCAAAUGAAGAUGAGACAUUCCAGAAGACAUCUACCUUCAUUAUUCGACCAGACGAGUGGAAGAAGAACCAGUAUGUUUGUAUGGUAGAACACAAGGGAAAGACCAUCUGCAAGAUUCUGACUGAGAAUGAGAUCAAGAGUAACACAAACUCUGUCCACUGUUGUGGUUCUGCUGAAGCUGUGAUCCGAUUGGUCCUCUCUGCUCUGGUGGGCGUGGCUACUGUCGUUCUUCUGGUUUAUGACAUCAGAUCUAGAAGAACUGAACAAGAUCAAACAUAUAUUCACUCAUCAGAUGUUACAGCACUGUCAUAA